AUGCCCAUGUCCCUGUGCCAGUGUGCACUUACAUUUGUAUAUAUCUGUGCUGACAGGACGAACGGCUGGCUCCCGCCUGCAGUCUGGCAGUUGUAUACCCAAGCAUGCUGUCAUCACCAUCAGUCUCCCGGCUCCUCGCUGCGCUACAUCCCCCGUAGGGCAGUUCUCUACUGCCCUGGCAAUGAUGAACGAAAAUUGAAGAAACUGGCCUUGCUGGAUGUUGACUGCGCCGUUCUGGACUGUGAGGAUGGCGUGGCCCUCACCAAAAAGGCUGAAGCCAGAGAGACCAUCGCUCAGAUGUUGGGGGAGCUGGACUUGGGCCGGACUGAGAAGUGUGUGAGGGUAAAUUCGGUUUCCAGUGGCCUCGCUGAGGCUGACCUACAAGUGGUUCUUCAAGCAGAGGUUCUUCCUCCAGCCAUCAUGCUGCCCAAAGUGGAGGACAUUCACGAAGUCAAAUGGUUUGUUGACAGGUUUCAGCACAACUUGAAAGGACGGACGCUGACAGAACCCGUUCGCCUCGUCACCUUCGUGGAAACCGCUGUGGGCCUGCUCAAUUUUAAGGCCGUGUGUGAGGAAAUCCGCCAACUCUCUCCCAGGGCCGGGCUCCACCAUGACGGCGUGGUGUUUGGCUCCGAUGACUUCUGUGCCAGCAUAGGUGCCACGCGGACUAAGGAUGCCAGAGAGCUGCUCUACGCGAGGCAGAAGGUGGUGGUGACCACCAAGGCUUUUGGGCUGCAGGCCAUCGACCUGGUUUACAUCGACUAUAAAGAUGUGGAGGGACUGAGGCUACAGGCCCAGGAGGGAGCUCUCAUGGGUUUCACCGGUAAGCAGGUCAUUCACCCCGGGCAGAUCCAGGCUGUGCAGGAGGAGUUCUCCCCGAGUCAAGACAGGGUCCAGUGGGCCGAGGAGCUCAUUGCUGCUUUUGACCAGCAUCAGAAAGAAGGAAAGGGUGCGUUCACCUUCCGCGGCAGCAUGAUUGACUUGCCCUCGCUGAAGCAGGCUCAGAACAUCCUGACCCUCGCUGCGGCGGUGUCCAAGAAAUAAUCGGGAGGGCCGCAUGGUCUGAAGCAGGACAGAGGAGACUGGAAAUCUCACAGACAAAAUGAGCACUUCGAAAACUUUGCAAACUACCCCCCUUGUGCAAGAUUACAGUGGAAAACAUGAUUUAUAUUUGUGUUAUGACGAGAAUAUGUAGCUAUUAUCAGAAUCUUACUUGAAUUUGCUGUGGUGUGUGUGUGAGUAGUGUGAGCAGUGCGUGUUCACCAUCAUGUCACCGUGCAGCCUGCGCGCCCGCACCCUCCGUCGCUUCAAAAGUCGUGAUGAAUGCUCUCCCAUCAGCACGUCCUGGCAGGGGGAGGGCAGGGGAGGGGGGGCAAAGGGUAAACAAACAACACCAGUCUGUUGUGGUGGGUCCAUUCCUCGGGCCUCGUAGCUCCACUCGGGUUCCUCCGCCUGCCUUCAGACGAACAUCCUCACGUUUUUGCGUCAUAAAAGCUAAAGAAGAAACUCGAUUUUGUUUGGGUUUUUAUUUUUGACUACAAGGUAAAUUGUGCGCAGCAACAUUUUCACUCAUUUUCUGCAUUGGUGGCGACGUGCACUUACAGCGGCGUUCGUCGAAAAUAGCUUCAGCGGAACAUGAAAAAUGAACUCCUUAAUGAGCGGAGUGAAGAAGUCACAAAUGAAAGCACAAAAGGGGUCUUUGUGGAACACUUGUCUGACUCGCAGAGGCUGUGAAGUGGGUGUGAUGUUCGAGGAGAGACAGAUUAGUGGCCAUGUUGCUCCAGCAGACCAGGACCGAGGCUUUGUCUCUCUGACUGCGGAUGGGAGGAUAAUUGAGGGGGUGUCGAAUGGUUAAUAGUGCCAUUGGUGACCAUGGUAAUGAAAGGCGCCAUACCACCUCUACCCCACCUCAUCCGCGCUCGCUCUCUCUCUCUCUCUCGCUCUCUCUCUCUCUCUCUCGCUCUCUUUUUGUUUUCAUGUUUCUUUCCCUUUACUGUAUGAUGUAUUGUGUCUGGGACAGACCCAGUGUCCAUGCCAGUCCCGUCCAGAAAAAAAAAAAAAAAAAAAGAGAGAAAGAGACAGAAACGGCUCCUGCGUCCAUCCAAAGACCCCGACAGUAAGCCGUCGCACUGGCAAUCGGCCACAUCGGUGACUCGAAACUGGUUCCCUCUUUGCUGCCAUAUGAACAUAUUGAGCUUGUUUUCAAACUCUAAUGAAAAGAAAAAUGUUUUGUUUGAUUGAAAUGUCAUAUUUGAAGCCGUUUUUGGACUUUCUGUGAUGUUAUCAAAUGUGUAAACUCUAAAACAGUUAACAUAUAAGUUUGCCUUGAUUGCUUAGAAUGCAGAUUGUUGCCAUAUUUUUUCUCUAAUCUUUGCUCAACUUUGAAAUGUUUUCCUCUUGCUUGUGAAACUUUCGUACAUGUGCAUAAAAAAAAAAAAGAAAAAUCGCUCCAGUUAAAAAUGUUCAAUCCAAAUAUGCUUGUAGUUUUAGGUCAAGCAAGUUAUACAAUUAAUACGUUAACUUGAUCGCUGGGAUCAAGUAAUAAAAAAAAAAGAAUAGGUGAGAUGUAUGAAACACAAACAUGUGAACCAAGUUCAUAAAGAGUCAGAAAAAGUACUGAAUUUUUAAACGGUUAGUUUGUUACCAUUUAAAGUUAUAUGUUAAUUUUGUCUAUAUUUCUAUUAUUCAGUCAUUUUAUUUUUCAGAAAUGACUACUUAUAUUUAUUUGUUAAUUUUUUUUCUUCUUUUUGUUGCUCCGGCUUAAGAUUUCACUGAUGAUGUUGUGAUGAACCCAGAAUGUCCAGUCGACCUUAACACACAUUUCUGCUAGCCCAAGAUGUUUACCGUAAAUAACAAGACAUAUCGAUUCAUUAUUUUGAUAUUAAAUAGUUAAAUAUGUCUUUUGGGGUUUUUUUUUUUUAGGAAAGUUGUUGACUUUAAUUCUUUUUGUGUAUUGUAUGUUGGUUAUAUUUAGAAAAUUCUCCAAAAAAAUAACUGCAAUAAUUUGAAGUGCAACCGUUCAGACAGCUGUCUCCACUUACAAUGCUCUGAUCCAGUUUAUGUUACAGCUCUGAAACAGAAUCCAGGACAGAAAAAAAAUCUGGGUACACCCAACAACCGUUUUUGUUUGUUUGUUUGUUUGUUUGUUUGUUUUAGCUGCCAUCACUGUCUUUUCCUAUUCAAAUCCUGUUUACCGUACUGAAUCUGUAGAACCACCUGAGGUGCAAUAAGUGUCGAAUUAAAAAUGUCCUACUUAGCGAGAGCAACUUUGGCUUUAUGUUGCCGCAUUCAGGUGAAUUUCUAAGGCAAUUAAAACAUUAUUUUCUACAGUAAAGCAGCUUUCUCACAGCCCCUAUUCAGAGUGCUGUGGAGGUGCAUGAAAGGCCCUCAGAAAGCCAUUUAGCCUCACAUGGCUGUGAAUGCUCCACGCUGCAAGCCCACCAGAGCGUAACAGAGUGACUUUAGUUUUGCAGGAGCCCAGUUUGACGGGACAACUUGACUCUGCAAGCUGCUCUGCUCCAACAGGUGCCCCCCACCCACUGACAGGAAGGAAGACCUCAGAGCAGAAGAGGGUGGGGGGACUGCAACACGGCAUCAUUCAGGGACAAAGCAAGCUCCUCAUGAGGAUAAAGGAGCAAAUGAUUUGGACAGGUUUAUAUGUUUUUUUUUUUUUUAAGAAAUGCAGUAGAAACCUCUUCCCCUGUUUUUCACCCCAACAUCUCUGUAGAUUACAGGAAUUUAUCCUAGUCUGACUCUGCUGCGUAAUUCUGCGUGACAUUUCUAUUAUAUAAUAACGCGAUGAUGAUAAUAAUAUUAACAGUAAUACAAAUUCACGUCUUCGCUCGGCAGUCUUAUUUAAAUACAUGUCUCCGGUAUUCCCUGAGAGAUUAAAUUACAAUUAACACGAUUAGAAGCUCACAGGAAAAAAAAAAAUGUGACGGGGAAUCAAUUAGGCAGCGAGCUGCGUUUCAUAGCCCGGUAAUGUGCCGGUCGAGAUUGCUUUCAUAAAUAAUGAGCGCUUCAGCGGAGGGAAGGAGAGAGAGAAAAGGCUCGUAUGCAAAACACCGUGAGAGGAAAAUUAAAACGAAAUGUUUUACAUAUUUCCCCAUUAAUCCAAAUGGGACCCGUGCGGCACAGAUAGUUUUCUUCUAAUUCCCCCCGCCUCCCUCCUGCCCGGGGAUGCUCAAAUAAUGACUUGAUGUUUUAAUAGACUUCUAAUGGCGAUGUGUGACAGACUAAUUGCACCGGCAGAUUUUAUUCCGAAGCAAUAAGAAACGCCGCAGUUAUGUGCGCGUGUGGCGCAGUUUGAGAGGAGAGGACUUAUUUAUUUGUUUAUUUUUUUUAUAUAACGGGAGCUGAGAGAGGGAGGAACACGUCUCACUUGUGCUAAUUAACGUCCAAUAAUGCUGUUUGCAUUAGCUGUGGAGCUGCUGUUGCUGUUGAAGCGGUGUAAGCUCAGGCCUCAGAGAAACUGACAGAAGGGUCGUUCAUGCGCGGCCCCUCAGGCGGACAGCUGAACGCUCCUUUACGCCCAUCAGCUGAAAGUUAAAACGCUUUAAAUAAAAAAAAAAA